UCGCCGGUAUCGAUUUCCUAUCGGAUUACAUCUAUUCCCGUCCCGGGGUCUUAUGAAAUCGAGCGGGCAGCCCCAUUUUCCUAUCACUGUUGGUCCAACUGCAGCUUGGAGUAGAAGUGGCUGGAAUCAGUGUCGAGUGUUGUUUCGAGUGUUUUUGUUGACUUUUUCGCCGGCCGAGAGCGCGACAGUCCAUCCGAGAGAAGGGUGUUUUGCGAGAGAUCGGCAAACAGCAACAAGAACAGGAUAAUCGUAGCACCCACUACCCGUAGCGGUUACCCGGAACAUGGAAAAACCGAAAAGUGAACAUAAAAAUGACCCGAAAUCGCAUCGAGGAUCGCCGGAGGAUAUUCCGAGGGUACGGAAUGUGAUUUUGCGCUCCAUUUGUGCCGUUUUUUUUCUGGGUUUCGUUAGUUUUUAUUGCCAGGCAGAAGGUUUGUACGGCGAGACUGGUAUCUUGCCGGCCGAUCGUAUUCUGCAAAAUGGAACGCUCAAGGAGCGCUUAAGCUUGCUGCAGUUUGGACCCUUCAUCGGUUUGGGUGGCAAAGGACAUGCAGCGAUCGAUCUGCUGUGCCUGAUUGGUGCCACGGUCGCAUUCUUGGGAUUGACCUCACAAGCCCACUGCCGGUUGCUCAGCUUUAUCGUCAUGUGGACGCUCUACUUCUCGCUGGUGCAGAUUUCGCAAUCCUUUUGCCAGCAGGCCGACCAUCUGCUGCUCGAGGCCGGCUUCCUGUGCAUCCUGUUGGCCCCUACUCGAUUGACCGAUGGUCGCAACCCGAUUGAGGACAUUGCGCUACUACUGUUGAAGUGGCUAGUGUUCCGGUUUAUGUUCGCCUCGGGAUCGGUCAAGCUGGCCAGCGGAUGUCCUUUGUGGUGGUCAUUGGAUGGACUCCAGCGGCACUACGAAACGAUGCCAUUGCCCACGUCCUACAGCUGGUACACUUAUCAGCUACCGGAAGCGUUUCAUCGGAUCAGCACGAUCUACGUGUAUCUUAGCGAACUUGUCGUUCCGUGGCUGUUCUUUGCCCCGAAUCGCGUCGUCCGCCGAUUUGCUCUCGGGUGGCACAUGUUCCUCCAUGCCAACAUCAUCGCCAGUGGCAAUUAUGGAUUUCUAUCUCCGCUCGUGUUAACGCUGAUGGUGACCUUACUGGACGAUGACGACAAGUUGCUCCUGAAGCUGCUGCGAGACUCCCCGGGGACAACGAACAGCGCGAACAGCGGAGUAGAACGACGGCCCCGUGGAGGCACUGUUCGCAACCAAGCCGACCCCACCAACGACUCCGACCGCAUUGGUAACCGCAUCGUUAAAGUGAUUGGCGUACUAAUGGUGAUUGGUUCGUGGAUUCUCUUCGGUAUCGGAUUCUCGACCUCGGAAGAUGGUUACCUUACUUUUAAGGCCAAUUUCUCGAGAGAUCAGUAUUUGAGUGUGAUGCAAACGAUGCUACACGCCGCACCAUUACUGGUCUUUGGAUUGUUGGUGCGAAAGUUCCUUAAGCUGCUCUCCUUCCAGGACACCGUGGGUAGUUUAGCCGAAGGGGCGCGUCAGUUUAUGAAAAAUCUUGGCCUCCUCAUCUCGACCAUCGUUGCGUUCACGGUGUUCUUCAUGUCGAUCGUGCCGCAUUCGAGGCUGCUACCAAGUACGGCCAUAUCUUCCCCGGUCAUGACACGAGCAUACGGUGGCCUGCACAGCCUCUACGUGGUGAACCAGUACGGGCGCCAUCUAACCAAGAUGCGACCAGUACGGCGUGAAAUUAUUCUGGAGUAUGCCGACGAUUUGAAUGGAACCUGGCAAGAGUACGGAUUCGACUACAAACCCUGGACGGUCGAGCGGGUCUCAUCCUUGCCGUACGCAGGAUUGUACUUUCCCCGGUUCGAUUUCAAAUUCUACGAUGGAGCCGCUUCGAAACUGGAUGCUCAAAAGUGGUUCUAUCCUCUGGUAAUGCGCCUCCUGCAGCAUCAGCAACCCGUACUGGACCUUUUCGAUGACCGCCAUGUACCUUCCAAAGCUCCACGAUUCAUCCGGGCUUCUCUCUAUCAGUUCGCUUAUACUACAUUGCCGGCUAAGGACACGAGUGGCGCAUUUUGGAAGCGGGAACGCCUGGGUGAUUUCUUUAGCGUCUUCUCAAUGGACGCGCCGCACCUGCAGGAGAAACUGAAGCAAAUUGGUUACUGGCCAGCUGGCGAGACGGAAUCGGCCCGAGGCACUUACUCCUGGAACUGGUUGCUGCUUUGGCUAUUGGAGGCAGUGCGGCGCUUCGUUAAUGCUAUCGAGGGAAGUUAUCUAGUGACGGGAUUGCUUAUGGCUGCGUUAUCUCUAAUCUACUCGCAGCGCCAUCAACCACGCACUGAGAAGUAGUAAUCUAGUCCUACUCCCUCCCGUCUUAGUCAGCAAUUAUGCCAAGUCCCAGAAGUCAAUUAUGAUCAAUUCUUAAGCAAAAACUGCAAAAUCGAUAUAUAAAGGCACGCCAAGUUCCUUA